UCGUCGUCGAUGGGAUCAGGUCAAGUUCUCCGAUCAUUUUUUAUGCACCCUCGUUGAAGUGACGUUAAAAAGCGAAGGGAAGAAGAAGGUAUAGGGUAGGAGGAGAAAGAAAAGUCGUCGACGGGGCGCGAACGCCCCAUCAGGAAGGGACGCCCUGGCGGAGACUCGCAAGAACGACGGGACGACCGACGUCGUGGAGUCGAAUGUCGAAGGGUUACGCGCGGACAUGGACGAGCAUGAGAUACUGCUUCUUCCGCCGUUCUCGGGUGCCAGCAGCAAGGAACGCGCCAGGAAGAAGCUCUGGCGUAGCGCGGUAGAGAUAGUGGCGAGCGACGACGAGGAUUCGGAUGCGGACGAGCACGAGUGCGCCUUCUUCCCGGCUAAGCGACACUGCACGCAAUUGUCCAAAGCCAACGAGGCUUGUUCGGACACGGAACAGCACACAAGUACAGAGACACCAGCUAGCAACGUGGGAAAUCUCGAUUACGACGAAAUUAUAUACCAAAUACAGAUCGAAGAGAAGCUAAAGUUAUGGCAGGCUUUCCAAGAGGAGGAGGGAUCCAUGGAUAAUAGCAUCAAUGAAGUUUUGGCUUACUACAGAAUGAUGCAUCCAUCUGAUCCUUUGGAGGAAGAGUCUGUCGGUUCCAGGUUUCAUAUGUCGUACAGAGGGAAUGACAUGGAGGACACAGCGGUGACGAUGGCGAUCCGUAAUCACGGCUUAGUCCAGUCGGCCGAGCUCCCUCUUCAGCCUCAUUACUGUAAAUGCAUAGGUGUUGAUUGUUCCUUUUCGUCCAAAUGUAUGUAUGAACUCGAGGACUUUCCUUACGGGACGGUCUACAGCAAUGUAGAAACGGGUCGAUGCAAUGCGUUGGAUGCGGAUAAAGUAUACGAGUGUGAUCAGCCGGAAGACUUCCUAGAACGCGCCGUAGGUGAGGCGAUUAAGAAGAAAGGUCUAAGCGCUCUGAGUGUGGAUUACGGUUGAAUACGCUUCAUUAAUGCCUGCUCUAAUUCUUUUGAUGUAUUUAUAUAAAUAUAUAUAUAUAUACACAGUAGCGUAAUAUAUCCCUAAUUGUUGUGCUCUGUAAACCUAUCGCGACUUCGUUUUAUAGUUGAUUUUUGUCGUACGACAGUUGCAAUGCGUUAUCCUACGAGUGAUAAUCUCGAAACUACUUUAUACUCGAAUAUAAUAUACAUAUAUACAUUCCGAUGUAAUGACUCGCUUACGACAAAACUCGAACUUUAUUUUAUUCAGUAAUGUGGUGUAAUGCCGACAUUAUUAUAGCGAUAUUUUCCGUUUAUUAAUCCUCUCAAUAGC